ACAUGACUUGUAGGAUCGCUGACAGCAUACAUACUUGUAUGCAAUAUUAGGAAACUGUUGCUACCGACGCGACGGUUGUUGUGAAGCACAAAGCUGUUUGCAGUCUUUUUGGUUAGGGGGUUACACUAGAGGGUUGCAGUUUAGGGUUUGUGCGCACACUUAUGUUUCGUCGUUCGCAAUUGCUGCGUCUGAUACUGCAGUGCUGAGCUUUGCCAAUGGCGGAACAACCCGAGUCGCUUAACCGCUAACUCAAUUUUAUGGCACAGGAGAGCAGGACUUUCCAAUCUAUUAUGCGUAGUGGCUGUAGGAGAGCUUUAGUUUAUUCCAGUACCAAUGACUCUUACCAAUAACCUCUCGGAUUAGUCAUCAAUGACGGUUUCAGUAGCCUAUCAGAGCUCCGGGUUUUCCAGAAACGGGAGACCCGGGCACGUCGCUAACAGCAGGAGACGACGGAGGAGCGGAACGUCCGGUGGAAACAAUCCCCAAGGGUCGUUCGGCGGUGGCGGAAGGAGCCAGACCGUUCUAGGGUUUGUACAGCAGGCUCAAUUCCUCCAGUUCGUUCUCGACCCAUGGACGGCCAGGAUCUGCUGCGCCAGCGAAGGCGCACGGAGAGCCCUUGGAUACGACAAUGCUGAGCUGGAAGCCUUAUCGCUUUGCAAUCUGGUAGACGGCCUCCCAUUGGCUGACUGGCUCCAGCUGGUCGCGCCUCUGGCCACUGGAGAGGAGAAGGGCGCGCGAUUCUCUGUAGUUCUGCCAGCAAAGGAAAGAGGAGGAGAAGGGGAGGGAGAAUCAGAGACCGAUGGGGAAGUUGCAGAGCCUAGAGGGAUUAGAGGCGGCGGGGAUAACGGCGCUAAUCACGGUCAUCCCGGGCCGAGGGUCCCGCACGCGCAGGCUCGGCACGGAGAUGUCAGCCGAAGCAGCAGCGGAGGCUCGGAAUGGGCGGCGGCGAAUCUCCUCAGGCGGGGAACAUGGGGUGAAAGCAGCUUAUCUCGAGCCGGAGCGGGCUCGGGGUCUAUAUCGGGGAUAGUUUCUAGCACGUCAGAGGACGUUCGGUCGAUCCGAACCGUCUCUUCAGCUUCGGUUGACGUAGCCACGGGAGCGGGAGAAAUGUCGCAGGACGAAGAAGAGGAGGGGGGGGAGGGAGACGAGUCAGACCUAGCUUCGGGGGACGAGGGGUCGGUCAGGCGGAGGAACAGUAGGGGGAGGACAGGGGGACGGGAGUGGGCAGCGGCCGGGACGCAGGAACGCGCUCAGGGGCAGGCGCAGGGGCAAGGUCGGUCAAGCGCGUUGGGGGUUUCGGGCGUUUCGGGUGUGUCGGGCAUUGCAGUGUCGAUCGAUCUGCAGUUCUUUGGCGUGGGCGGGGAGAGAGAACUCGUGGCCACAGCGCAUGAACAGCCGCAGGGGCCGCCGCCGCCGCCAGCUCAGCUGCCACCUGGGCGUCACGAUGGCAGCGGCGACGGAUCACCGAGCGAGUCUGCGCUCACCGGCUCGGCGCGCGGCGGAAAUAAGGCUGUUGGCGGAAGUAAGGGAAUUGGCGGAGGGGCGUUGGGGGAGGAGUUGGCGGAGGACGAGGGUUUGGCGGAGGGGGAGGGGCUGGGUAGUAAACCAGAAGCGAGAGGAAGUGUUGUCGGAACAGGUGGCUUCAACGGCCCGCUAGGAGGCCCCUAUGAGGUUCCUGGGUCCGCGCAUGACGCCACUGCCGCUGCUGCCCAUUCGCCUUCCUCCCUUCCCGCCGCUCCCCAGCCCAAGCCCCUCCGCCGGGGGUUAAGUAUUGGUGGGAAGGUUCACAUGCUCAUGCCGUCAGACCCCUUCCACCGGUCGCAGACAGCCGUUUUCGCGCAGCCGGCUAGCCGCCAGCAGGAUUCGGCUAGCCGGCAGGACUCGCUCAGCCGGUCGCAGAUGGAGCAGCGGGCGUCGUCUAGGUCUCCCGAGCCGCGCCGGCCCGAGUCGCGGCUUAAUAGGUGGCAGAGUAUGGACGUAGGCGCGAUGGAGAAUAAGUCGCUGAUGUCUUUAGCGAAAAGCGGCGCGUUUGAAAGGAGCGCGGACGGAGGGGUGAUGGGCGGGAUGAUGGGGGGAAUGGCUGGGGGAACGCUCCGCGGAGAGGAGACGGGGCGAGGGCGGAAAGCCAGGGGCGGGGGGCCCGGAGGAAGAAUGAUGAGUGUAGAAGAAGGGGAUAUUGGUAUUGGGGAGUUGGGAAGCGGGUUCGGGAGGGGGAUGGGCGCGGGGAGGGGAGGGGGAGGCGUGGGCGGAGGGGAGGAUGCGCGGGGGCAGGUGUCCGCGGAUAGGUGUGACACCCUGGGGAGGGCGGGGAAGAAGAACCGCAGAUCGCGGUUUGGGUCAGAGGGCCAUUUCCCCCAGCACUGGGUGCAGGAUUCCAUCGACAUUCACUGGCUGCCAGACCAGCCACUCAGGUCACUUCUCGACUCGGCGUGUGUCUCCCUAGCAGCGCUGCGCGUCAGCAGUGCUGAGCUGGCGCACUGCAGUGCCGCCCUUGCUGCGAUGUUGGGCCGCCCGGCCCGGGCCGUGGAGGGGCGGGCGAUGGACGAUUUCGUUGCACCUGAUGAUGCGCCUGUCUUCCAGGCGUGGUUCAGGAGCGUCUCUGACGCCAUCCUGAGUGGCGCAGCUUCGUCCACGUCAGCGCCAGCAUGGCAGCGGCAGUGCCAGCACGACCUGCGCCUGGUGCUGCCGGGCGGCAAGCUCCGUCCUGUGCGCAUCACGGUCGAUGCGGCACCUCCUGCUGUGGGCUCAGCCGAUGGUGGCGCUGCUGCUGCUGCUGGUGCCGCGUCUACGCUCAUGGCUGUGAUCUGCGACUUGCCAGCGUCUAGCAACGCCGCCAAGGUGUCUCCCCAGGACCCCUCGGACCGGCACAGAUUCAUCUUGGAGCACCUGCCAGCGGGCGUAGCACACAUGGUGCCACGGCAAGAGAGGGGUGGGGGAGCGGGGGGAGCAGGGGGAGCCGGGGGAGCAGGGGGAGCAGGGGGAGGAGGGGAGGUGUUGGUGAACGCGCACCUGGAGUCUAUCCUGGGGUACUCGAGGAAGGAGCUGGGGUGUUUGGACGAGUGGUUCUCGCUGCUGUUUCAAGAGAGAGAGGCCGAGGUGCGCAAGGUGAUGGAAGGAGAUAGGAAGGCGGGGUUCCCCCAUCCGCGGACCAUGCGGGUGGUGAGGAGCGACGGUGAGCAGCGGUGGGUGGAGGUGGUGGGGCGCGACUGCGCAGCGGAAGGGGGAGGCGAGCUGUGGGUGGUCAGCGACAUCACUGACCGGCUGAUAGUCCAGGAGAAGUUCCGUCUCUUGUUCGAGUUCUCGUCGGACGGGUAUCUGGUGUUUGACGAGACAGGCAUCACGGAGUGCAACGACGCGGCGGUGCGGUGCCUGCGCUGCAGCGACAAGACGCACCUGCUGGCCCACCACCCCGCCUUCUUCUCGCCCCUCAAGCAGCCGGACGGGCAGCUGUCCAAGGAGAAGGCCAAGGAGAUGGACCGACGUGCCGAGGAGCAGGGCAUGCACAAAUUCGAGUGGGUGUAUCAACGCUUCGAUGGCUCCCUCGUCCCCAUAGAGGUCACUCUGACCUUCCUGGAGCUGCAGCAGCAGCACCCCAUCUACCUGGUGGUGUGGCACGAGCUCACCGAGAUCAAGCAGCAGGCGGAGGAGCUGAGGGCGGCCAAGGAGGCGGCGGAGAAGGCCAGCCAGGCCAAGAGCCAGUUUCUAGCUAACAUGAGCCACGAGAUCAGGACUCCGAUGAACGGUGUGAUCGGGGUGGCAGAGCUGCUAUUGGGCACGGACCUGACAGCGGAGCAGCGCUCGUACCUCGAGAUCAUCCGGUCGUCGGGGGACAACCUCCUGCGGAUCAUCUCGGACGUGCUGGACCUCUCCAAAAUCGAGUCCAAGAACCUGGCGCUGGAGAGAAUCGAGUUCAACAUCCAGCAGCAGGUCACAGAGGCUUUAGCCCUCCUAGAGGUGGUGGCAAAAGACAAGGGGCUGUACCUGGAGCUGGAGAUUGCGGAGGAGGUGCCAUCCGUGGUGGUGGGCGACCCUGUGAGGCUGAGGCAGGUGCUGCUGAACCUCAUCUCCAACUCCAUCAAGUUCACCGAGAACGGUGGCAUCACAGUUGACCUGCGCCUGGCUACUGACGAAGAGAUCCGAGAGGUGGAGCAGGCAGCUCCGCCCAAGCCCCCUGCAGAAAUCACCAGCGGUGCACAUGGCGACGGCAGCGGCGGCAGCGGGAGCAAGGGCGACAGCAAGGGGAAGAGCGGAGCGGGUGGGAGGCCAGGGGGGGAUGGCGAGGGGGAGGGGGAGGGCGAGAGUGUGAUGGUGCGGUUUGAGGUGCGGGACACGGGCGUGGGCAUGGACGAGUCGGCGCGCAGCCGGCUGUUCAAGGCGUUCUCUCAAGCCGACAACUCCACCAGCCGGCGAUACGGCGGCACCGGGCUGGGGCUCGCAAUCUGCAAGAGCCUCUGCAACCUCAUGGGGGGCGACAUCAGCCUGCACAGCCAGGUGGGAGUGGGCUCCACCUUCUACUUCCAUGUACGGGUGGGCGUGGUGAGCCGAGAGGCCCUUGCUGCUGCGGCAUCAGCAGAGCAGUCACUCACCAGCGACAUUGAGCCGCUGUGGAAGCACCUGCAGGAUAUGCGCGUCUUGGUGGCCGAGGACAACAAGGUGAACCAGAUGGUGGCCACGCGCAUGCUGCACAACCUGGGGCUCAAGUACGACGUGGUGGAGAACGGCAAGCUCGCAGUCAGGGCGUGCUCCGAGCGCUGCUACGACGUGGUCCUCAUGGACUGCCACAUGCCUGAGAUGGACGGCUUCGAGGCCACCAGGAAGAUCAGGGAGAUGGAGUCGGAGCGGCUGCAGGUUUACACAGCUGCCAUGGCCGCCUGUGGCAACGGCUCCCCCUACGGCAGCGCUGCCAGCUGGGUGGCUAGCAGCGAUGCUAGCGACAGUGAGGCGGGUUCCCCCUCCCAACCCCGCCGGGCCCGCAUGCCCCCGCGGCCGCACCGGACUUUUAUUGUUGCGCUUACUGCAUCUGCUCUUAGCGAGGAUAAGGAAAGCUGCAUGGCGGCUGGAAUGGAUCACUAUUUAUCGAAGCCAAUCCGGCCGCGGGAGAUUGAGAAGGCAAUUAGGGAGAGUUUGACUCAACCUAAGAGCCCAACGAGCGAGUUAAAGCCGACGUCUCCGCAGCUUAGGUAUCAGCAGACUAAGAGGCAGCUGCUGCUGCAGCAGCAGGAGCAGCAGAAGCAGCAGGAACAGCAGCAGCAGCAGCAGCAGCAGCAGCAACGGCAGAAGCAGCCGCAGCAGCAGCAGGGACAGCUGGGACAGCUGGGGAAGGAGCAGGGAGGAAGAAAUGAGAAGGCGGCAGCGGGUGGUGAGACAGAGGGGGAAGACACAGUUGAGUUUAUUCCAGGAGGGAGGAAGAGUCAGUUACAGGGCAGGGAUGGGGUGGGGGAGACAAGAGGAGGGAUGGGGAGAGGAGAGGGGGGAAAGGGAGGGGGGAUGGGAGGAACAGGAGCAGGAGGUAGAAAAAUGGACAGGGGUAUGAUAAUGGGUGCGAGACUGGGAUCAGGAGGGGGAGGAGCAGCGGCAGGUGCGGGAGGAGGAGGGGGAGGGGGAGAGGGACCGGGGGGAGGUGGCCCAGGAGGGGGUCCCGGAGGCGCAGUGGGUGGGAGGGGCGGGAAGAACCUAGCGGCAUAUCCGUCCUUCGGGUCCUGGAACGAUGUGCUCGGGUCGGAAUCCGAGGGCUGUGCUUCCGAUGACUCCUCCCGCGGCCGAUCCAGGCGAAAAGGGGGCAGCAGUGCCAGUGGCGCUGCUGGUGGGACAGGGGGGGCGGGAGGAGGAGGAGGAGGGGGAGGGGGAGGGGGAGGAGGGGGGGUAGGUGGUGGUGGUGGCGUUUCUGCCUUGUCCUCUCAUGCCAAGCCUGCUUUCCCUCGCUCUCGCAGCACAGCUGCUCCCAAGUCAACCGGUUCCACCCCUCUAGGUUCUGGAGAUGCUGGCGGAGGUUCGGCCGGAUCUGAGGCUCGGCGGAGGUCUGGAUCUCCUUUGGUUCGGGCACAGUCAGGCAUGGGACCUGGAUUAAGCAGCCUGAGAAAGGGAGAGAGGGGAGACGAAGGAGGCAGGUUUCUGGAUUCCUUACCACCAGCAGCCUCAGCAGCUUCCAGGAAGCUUCACGGGCAGGGGGACGAGUCUCUGCCAGGCAGGCAGGCUCCUUCGGCCUUCUCUGCCCGCACGCGCUCUCGCUCCAUGUCCAUGUCUGUGGCAUACAUGAGCUUCAAGGUGGAGAGCGACGACGAGGAGGACGAGGAGGGGCUGCUGGGGGAAGGGGCGAAAGGAGGCUUCAGUCAAGGAUGGGUCAGUGGCAGAUCAGGCAGCGGCUCGUAUUCUACUGCUGCUGCACCUGCUGCAGGUGCUGCUGGCGGUCCUAGAGGCGUCUCUUCCGGUGCUGCUGCUGGUGCAAGGGGGGCUGAUGGGAGUGGUGGAGGGGAGAGGAGAGGAGAUAGAGGGAUUGGGAGAGGAGGGGGGGAUGGAGGGGGAGGGGGAGGGGGAGGAAGGGGAAUGGGCGGAGGAGAGGGAGGAGGAGGGAGGCCGAGGCUGUCUCGAAGCGGGUCGCAGAAGAGAAUGUGGGAAGCAGGCACGCCUUUACAGAGCGACGAGGAUGAUGAGGAGGAGAGCGUUGGGGAGGGGGGGAGUAGAAGUAGCCAUGGGCAUGGGCAUGGGCAUGGGCAUGGGCAUAGUCUGAAUCAGGAUGGUAUGGCUACUAAUGAUGAGGAGGAGGAUGACGCCAGCAGCAGUUACAGCAACAGUAACGGUUACAAUAGUGGCGGCGGCGGCGGCAGCAAGCAGAGAGAAAGCAGCAGCAUGAGCAGCAACAACAGAAUCAAAUCUCAGGCCGAAAGCGACAAAGGGCCGUCCCUGGAUCAAAUCUGGUCUAAGAUCCAUGGGGGAGGGAGUGGGGGGAGAGAGGGGGGGGGAGGAGAGAGUGCGGAGGGAGAGGAGGAGGAUGAGGGUGAGUUGUCCUCUUCCAGUCGAGGGGGGUCGAGUGUUGGGGGGAGUGUGAGGAGCGGGAGUGUGAGGGGGGUUAGUAUGAGUGGUGGGAUAGGCAUUGAAAGAAGUGGUAGCGAUAGGAGUUUAAGGGAGCAAGGUGCAAGCCCGAGGGGGGAAGGGGGCAGGAGAGGAGGGGAGAGAGGAGGGGGGAGAGGAGGGAGAGGAGGGUCAGGGGGAGGGAGGGGCAGUGGAGGAGGGGCAGUGAGGGGGGGAGGUGUAGGCACGGGAAGGGGUGGGGGGAUGGAGAGGAGAGGAAGCGGGGAGCGAUUGGGAAGAGGAGGGGAUGCGAUGGAUCAGAGCAGGGAGUGGAAUAACAGCCGGGAAUGGACCGGCACUCGAGAGGCAUCAGGCAACGCCAGAGAUACUGCUGUUUCGAGGGAUGCCUCUGGCUCUAGAGACGCCUCUGGCUCUAGAGACGCCUCUGGCUCUAGAGGCGCAUCUGGCUCUAGAGACGCCUCUGGCUCUAGAGACGCCUCUAUUCCCCGCGACGGUCGGGACGUAGAGCGCAGCAGGGAAUGGAAUAACAGCCGUGAGUGGAACAACAGCAGAGAGUGGAACAUGACCAGGCAGGACACCAAGGAGAGGUCCCGCCUGGGGGGGGGAGCAGGAAGAGGGGGAGGGGGUGGUGGGGGUGGAGGGGGGAUGAGUGGGGGAGGAGCAGGAGCAGCAGGGACUACUCCCCUCAGGGGAAUAUUGAGAAUUUCGAGCUUCGAAAGCAACGGCAGUGCCACUAGUGCUGGUGGUGCAAAUGCUGCUGUUGCUGCUGCUGCUGCUGGUGCUGCUGGUGCUGCUGCUGGUGGUGGUGUGGGUACGUAUUCCCGCCAGAACUCGCAAGCAGGGGCCAGCACAGGGGGGGUCCAGGAGCGGGUUGCAGAGAGCCCCAGGCACGGGCGGAUACCCAGGCCCGAGGGGAGGGGGGGGAAACCCCCCACUGCAGGGGGAAGCCUCUCUGGGGGACCGGGGAUGCCCAGCGGGCGGGGGGCAGGGGGAGGGGGAGGGGGAGGGGGAGGCGUGGGGAGGGGGAAUCCGGGGCCUUCUGGGCCGGGGAGAGGGGCUGGGGGAAGGGGAGGGGGUGAAGGAGAAGGCAUGGGGGAUGGUAGAGGAGAGGGGGCAGCCAAAAGUGAGAGCAAGCAGUCUGAGAGCCAAAGGGCCGGCAGAGGUAGUUCUGGAUCAGGCAUCCCUGAGUCUAUGGGGGCUGCGUCUAUGGUUGGGUCUGCAGGUGCAUCCGGCAUGCUGAGGCAGGCCAACAGCAGCAGCAGCAUUGCCAGCGGUGGCAGCAGUGGCGGUGGCAGGGGGGAUGGGUUGGGAGAUCGGAGAGAGGGCGAGGAGGUCUCCUCUGGACAGGCUGGGGAGGAGAAAGAAGGCAGCCGCACAUUCAGAAGCCCCUCUGGCUCCCCCAGCCCCUCUGCCUCUCCGAUUGACGCGGUGCGCUCGCUCACCGACAGCCGCCCCAGAACCAGCGGAGAAAUCUCGAGCCGAAUGGGCGGCAGUGUGGGUGGCAGGGGCCUGGGACGAGGAGGUGGAGGAGGGGUAGGGGGCGGAGUCCAGCGCACGCAGUCGAUGUCGCCGCUGUGGCGGAGCACCAGCAUGGACCCGGGGUCGCUGUCUGCCGGUGGCGGCCGGCAGCCCAGGACCGGGUCGGAGCAGCGCGCCGCGCAGGACAUGCGCAUGUGGAUCGAGCGGGCGAGUAACCCCAAGAUGGACGAAUGGCUCUCGCAGGUGGUUUCCAACUCUCCCCCUCCCAUCCCACGUGCCGUCAAGAAAUCCAGCAGCAGCGGCAGCACUCCCCCGCACCACUCUGCCGACCGGCCCCCUUUACAGUCACACUCGCGCUCGCCGUCGCACUCACACGUGCAGUCCCAGCCACCACAACACCCCCAACAGCAGCAGCUGCUGCUGCAGCAGCAACAGCAGCAACAGCAGCAACAGCAGCAACAGCAGCAGCGGAAGUCCCUUAGACGCAUGCAGAGCUCUCCUUCUUUGUCCCCCAUCACCAGCCCAACUGAGGAGAGUGAGAGUAUGUUCAGGGAGGGGGGUGAGGAGGAUGGGGAGGAGGAGGAGGAAGAGGAGAGUGAGGUGGAGAGGGGGAGUUGGAGGAGCGAUAGGAGAGGGGCGGCAGAUGUGAUGACCCACCGGUCUAUGUAUGAUGAGUCGAUGGAGGCACUGAAGUGACAGAUGGAAGGGGGGAAGGAGGGGAAAGGGGGAGGAGAGUGGGGGCGGUAUGCAGAUUCAAUUCAGAGUGACGAGCCAUGAGGGUGGGUAUGAUGAGCAUAUGGAUGGAGCCACUCACGAGCAGAUGGGAAAGCACACAAGGAAGCAGGCAGGGAAGCAGAUAGAAACCCUCAGAAAUAGCAGGAGCGUUUCUGAGUGCUCUCAGAGGCAGACAGGAGAUGAGGCAGGGCAGGGAUGGCAGGUGUUAUGGCCUACGGAUCUGUAUAUGCAGAGCCGCGAGAGCCACUCCAUCAAUUCUAGGUCGGAGAAAAGGAAAAGGAGAGGGGGGGAAGGGUGUGGGGCGUGGAGGGGGUGGGUGGGGGUGGUUAUGAUUAAUCAACAGGUGUGCAAUGAUGAUUCGGCCGCUUGAAAGUGGAGUGCGGGUGGGUCCAAUCCAACUGGGACUGUUGAAGGAGGCUGGUUGUCAAUGGUCAUGGCUUGGAACGUGUGUUGUUGAGGGACAUGGCAAACCCAUCCCUUCUGGGGAUCAGGUUGCCAAAUCCCUUUCUAAAAGGUCACCGACUCGCCGCACUUCGAACUAAGCAAUGUGCUUGCCGAGCCCUAGGUGAUGGUAGAGGUGGCUUUUGGCUGGCUCAUGUUUAUAAGGGGUCAGCAGGCAAAUUUGCUCUAUCUAUCCAAAUGCCAAGACGAAUGCUUGUACCCUAUUUGGCUUGUGUCAAAAGAUGCCCUUGAACCUAAAGUGCAGGCUUGUAGCUUGUGCACUAAUGAAAUCUACGGAAGGUUUACUAGAC